GACUUCAUCGCAGGCUCCCCGCAUCCCACAACCGACAUACCAGCCAUGAAGGGUAUUUUGAGUCUCAGAAAGGCCAAGGAGGGUGCUUCUCCAGCCGCGACAAAGUCCAAGAUUCCGGCUGCCCAGCUCCGAAUCCAGAAAGAUUUGGGUGAUAUCGAGCAGAUCCCGAGAACCAUGAAACUGGUAUUCCCGGAUCCGAACGACCUCUUCAAUAGCGAGUUGACAAUCGCUCCUGACGAAGGAUUCUACCGGGGGGGCAUCUUCAGGUUCUCGUUCAAGAUCAACACAAACUAUCCCCAUGAACCGCCAAAAGUUCUCUGCUUGUCCAAGAUCUACCACCCCAACAUCGAUCUCGACGGAAACGUCUGCCUAAACAUUCUCCGUGAGGACUGGAAGCCCGUGCUCAACAUCAACGCAGUGCUGGUAGGGCUCCAGUAUCUGUUCCUGGAGCCGAAUGCCGACGAUCCGUUGAACAAGGAGGCUGCCGAGGUCCUGCGCGCCAACCGUACUGUUUUCGAAAAUAACGUCCGCCGAGCCAUGAACGGACAGUCUGUGGAUGGUGUACAAUACGACCGGGUCGCGAUAUGAGAUGGCAGCUCCGAUGCAAGCGAUGAGCAGAUCUGCGGCUCACCCCGAUCAAUAAACGAACGCCUUGUCAGCCA